GAGCCGCGAGUCGAGCCGAGCCGCUGCCCCCGCUGCCCGCCGGCGCCGGGUGGGGGUCCCGGCGGCUGGAUGGGCAGCGGCGGCGUGGGCCGCGGGCGGCGAUGGGCGAGGAGCAGAGCACGGUGAGCGGCGGCAGGCCCCAGGAGGCGGGAGACCCCGCUGGAGGCGCCACAGGCCACCCCGAGCCCCCAAGGCCGCGGGGUGACAGCGCCGGGGCGCCGGGGCCGUGCGCCGCCUCCGCGGAGCCGAGCGCUAGUGGCUGCGGAAGCGACUCGUGCUGCGCGGACCCGAGCGCCCGGGAGCCCACGAGGAGCCGGGAAGCCCCGUGCUGGACGAAGAGCGAAGCAGCCGGGCAGCCCGCGGGAUUGGCACUCACCGGACCCCUCAACCCCCAGACUUUGCAACAGCAGCUGGAAGAAGAGGAGAAAGCUGGGGACCGAAACGAGGGAAGGGGUGAACAGCAGGAGGCGCCCCUUGGAGCGGAGCCAGAACCCAGGACCCGCGUCGGGACCCGGGACGGACUGGUCCUAGACGUGCUGGGUCAGCGGCGCCCGCCCCCCGCCAAAAGACAAGUCUUCUGCUCCGUGUACUGCGUGGAGAACGACCUGCCCCUGGACUCCACUGCUGAGCACCGCUCUCCGCCCGCCUCGCCACCUCGGGCUCCGCCGGUGACGGAUCCUCCCAGCCCGCGGCUGCCCCUCCCAACGGACCCCCUGUCCCCCGAUGGCGGCAGCAUUGAGCUGGAGUUCUACCUGGCGCCCGAGCCGUUCUCCGUGCCCGGCCUGUUGGGAGCUCCACCCUACUCUGGCCUGGGUGGGGUAGGGGAUCCGUAUGCGCCCCUCAUGGUGCUGAUGUGCCGGGUGUGCCUGGAAGACAAGCCCAUCAAGCCCUUGCCCUGCUGCAAGAAAGCCGUGUGCGAGGAGUGCCUCAAAGUCUACCUGAGCUCCCAGGUACAAGUUGGCCAAGUAGAAAUCAAAUGCCCUAUCACAGAAUGUUUUGAAUUCCUAGAAGAAGCAACGGUGAUCUAUAACUUAACUCAUGAAGACUCCAUCAAAUAUAAGUACUUCUUGGAACUUGGUCGUAUUGAUUCCAGCACCAAGCCAUGUCCUCAGUGCAAGCACUUUACAACCUUCAAGAAAAAAGGACAUAUUCCCACCCCUUCCAGAUCAGAAAGCAAAUACAAAAUCCAGUGCCCCACUUGCCAAUUCAUCUGGUGUUUUAAGUGCCACUCUCCUUGGCAUGAAGGUGUUAACUGCAAGGAAUACAAAAAAGGAGACAAAUUGUUGCGUCACUGGGCCAGCGAAAUUGAGCAUGGGCAGAGGAAUGCCCAGAAGUGUCCAAAGUGCAAGAUCCACAUCCAGAGGACUGAAGGAUGUGACCAUAUGACCUGUUCACAAUGUAACACUAACUUUUGUUAUCGAUGUGGGGAGAGAUACCGCCAGCUCCGUUUCUUUGGAGACCACACAUCAAACCUCAGUAUAUUUGGAUGCAAAUAUCGCUACCUCCCAGAGAGACCUCAUCUAAGGAGAUUAGUGCGAGGGUCGGUCUGUGCUGGAAAAUUAUUCGUUGCACCUUUAAUCCUGGUCUUGGGAUUAGCACUAGGGGCCAUCGCCGUUGUAAUUGGUUUAUUUGUAUUUCCUAUCUAUUGCCUUUGUAAAAAACAGAGAAAACGAUCACGGACAGGUAUGCACUGGUGAAACGCAGAUGAGUUCAUCUAACUAAGCUGGUUCGGGUAGGAGCUAUACAGAAUGGUAUACCCGCCUGAGAGUCGCAUCUUGAAAAACACAGAGAGGAAUCUUCUGCCAUCUCGUCUCACCGGGGUUCUCUGCAGGCCACAAUGCCCUAGUGCCGGUGCACUCCCAAAAUGGUACCCUGUCCUUAUACAAAUUGCUGCUUUACAAAAUUGGUCACUUUCAUACACUAUAAACAUCUGUAUCAUAGUCUGACCUUAAUGAGUCUUGGAAGAUAUUUUCAUUAAGAACCAGUUAUCCUCAGAAUUGUCUGAGCAUACCUCUCCUGAGCAUUGCUUGGAUUAUCUUUGUAUCUGAACCCUCCUCUAGCCCAUCUUGUGAGACUUGGUGUGAAUAACUGAAGUCCCACCUGUACCAACAAGCAACGCCACUUUUCAGAAGAUAAAGGCUCCCUGUAUGUCCCUGGUUUCAUCUGUGGCCCAAACAAUAUAAUUCCUUCAUUCUUCAGAUGCUGUAAUUGUUUAAAAUCUAAAUGCCCAAAAGGGAACUAAUGAAACUAAAUUAAUGAGAAGAAUCAUGAGUUACUGAAGUGUAUAUGUGUAGGGGUGCAAAUGUGUGUGUGUGUGUAUAAAUAUCUGUAUUAAAACUUGGCCUAGUAACCUUGUACUUGUCAAGUUCCAUGCCUCUACACUCUUUCCACAUUUUCAUAGACAUAUUUAAAGAUGAUGGUUCCUUUGUGGGCAUAAUUUGGUAAUGUACUAAAUUAAAGUCAAUGUAGACAACAGGCUAUUUCAAUGUUGACCCUUUCUAUUUCUUGCUCUCUUUGUCUCAAACACACAAACACACACACACACACACACACACACAGAAAGAGAGAGAGAGAAAAAAAUAUGUGCAAUGUCACCCCAAGGAUCAUGGAACUUUAUAAACUGACAAAACUGAUAGACUGAUUUUAGGAAACUUAAGACCUGAACAUUCAGUUUUUCUCAGAUUUCUUAUGUUUUGGCAUACAUGUUUCACUAUAUGAAUAAAUCCUUCAGGCAAAAUUAGUUAAUUUAAAUAGCAAGUUUGCUAUAGACAGAACUGCUUAAACCUUUAAACAAAUCCCUAUUCUACUUAAUUUUUCACCAAUUUGUAAUUACAGAUAAUUCUGCUUUAGGUCAAGGUGUGAUAUUAUUUACUACCCCAUUUUCUUACCUCUUCUCUCUUUUUAAUUUGUCUACAAGUUUUUCAUAAAAACAAAUACUAGUUUUAAAGGAUUUUUCUUAUGUUUACUGCUUAUAUGCAUAAUAAUGUGCUGGUAUCUUCUUAUGGAGGAAUAAUUUGAAAACAAAACUUUUGUGUUUGUGGGUUUAUCUAAAAUAUAAACUGCUUUUGGAGAAGGAAACAAACAAACAAAACAAAAAAAAGAAGGAAAUAUUUUCAGGAAGUUUUACCAAGCUGAGAAGUCUUUAAAAGUAAGAAAAGGGACAAGUAACUAAGUUAUGUUUUUCCUUUGUUUCAUCACAAAAACUCAUCAGCAGAAAGGAAGUAGUCCCCUAAGAAGCCUAAAGUUUUCACUUGUUUGCAAAUCCUUAAAGUUAGCUAUCUGCAUAGAUGUAGCAUUUAUUUGACAGCAACCUUGUCUGAAUUGAAAUACAUUAUGUGAUAAAACAUGCAUUAACAUGGAUAGUUUGUCUUGGGCUACAGAAUAUAAGAACAUUUAUCAUUUUUAUUUGACCUAAAAAAUCCAUGAUAGUGAAGUUUACUUGAAAGGAUAACAAGCCAACACACUUCCAUUCUUUCUGGAAAACACUCAGAAUAGCUAUAGCAUACUUCUGGACUAGACUAUUUACAGGUAGAGGAGGGUGUACCAUUUAUGGUUCUGGAAUGGAUAUUUCUAAAGCAUAACAUGAUAGAAGAAAAAGGGAUGUGUUCUAGUUUCACAAAAUGAUCUUUCCAUCCAUUCAUCCAUCCAUCCAUUCAUUCAACAAAUAUUUAUCGAGUGCCUAUUCUACGUGCUCUAGUAUUAAAACUGAGAGAUUGAGAAUUUCUAGCCUAAAUCUAUGUAAUUCUGUCAUAAAUUGCUUAAUUUUUAUAAAUUUGUCUUUCCCAGAUGUAGGUGUUAUUUUGACAAUAUGUGAAUAUGAUGAUUCUAAAUCUAGUGGACAUGUUUAUGUAUGAUAUAUAUGAAUGUAUAAAUAAUAUUUCCAUAAAAUAUUAUGUAUGUUAUAUAUAUUAUCCAUAUGUUUAUGUAUGAUAUAUGUAUACAUAUAUAAUAUUCCCAUAGGUGCAUAUGAAUACAUAUGCCAUACACAUAUAUACCAACUGGCUAAAUAACAUACUCUCUAGUCUUAGAUAAUCUAUUUUCUUCGGUUAUUGUAUCUGUUGUCUUUGGCCUACUCAGGGAUUUUUAGUCCUUUCUUUGAAUAACUUAUCUUGAGGAGAUAUUUUUAUAUUAUUUGGAAAUGUUCCAAUUUUCCAGUUACAAAGUGGUAUCUGUUAUCAGUGAAAGCAGUUUCAUCAAUGCUUGAGCUAACAUGCACUGUGUUCCACAGGAUUGUUCUUUUCUAUGGCAUAGAUUUUUUUUAAUUAAUGUAUGCAUUUUUCUCUUAAAGUGUUACAUAUUAGGCCUUUCCCUGUUGGUGACUUAAUUAUUUGUCUUUUUUUUUUUUUUUUAACUAAGUGUCGUCAAGAUCUUAAAAAGAAAGAAGAAAAUACAAAAGGAUUAUUUAUAUGUUAGUGCCAACAUGAAGGUAAAACAAUAGUAAUAACUUUUGAGAUGAAUUCUCAAAACUACUUUAGAGAAUGAAGCGUACACAUAAAAUAAAUAUCUUUCUAUCCAAAGGUUGUCAUUUUUAUAUGUUUUUAUUGUAAAUUUAAUAUAUACUUCUUUUAAAAAAUCAAACCAUUUAGAAUUAUAAAACACAAAUUUCUCUGCCUAAGCCACCCCUUGUUUUCUAGGGGUAACCACUGUUAAUGGUUUGGUGUGUGUCCUUCCAGACACUUUCUACAAAUAUACAAAUAAGUGUUUGUGCGUGUAUGUGUCUGUGUGUAUGUUAGUUUUAUACAAAUAUAAUAAUAUUCUUACUGUCCUGUGCCUGUUUUUCAUUUUAUUAUAUAUUGGUAGACACCUUUCCAUAACAGUUCAAAUAGAUUUACCUCAUUCUUUUCUAAAUUACUACAUAUCCAUUGUGGGGCUAUACUUUAAUUUAUUCGUUUAGUGCCCUACUGAAUGGACAUAAAGAUUGUUUUUACUUCUCCAGUAUAAAGCAUCAAUGAAGAUCCUUUACAUAUAUUGCUGUCACUUUUUGUUAACAUUCCCAUAGUUUUUUAAUUUGGUUUUUAUGAGAUAUUUGUAAUAAAAUUUUAAUGCAUUUUCAGUGAAUGAAAUCAUGAAGAUAGUAUAUUUGAGACCUUUUUCUUGGAGAAAAAGAAAGACUAUAUAGAAGUGCAUAACUUUUAAAGAAAAGCAUCUUUUGCAGGAUACUUUCCCCUUCUUGAUUAGCCAAAUACAUACCUUGCC